AUCCCCUCAUGUUGCGUACAUCGCUACACUCCGUGAGGGCGCUGGGCAGCAGGCCCGCCGCAGCUGCUGCCGGCCGUCAAUGGCAACUUUCUGCCGCGAGACGGGCUGUCGUGUCGGGUCAGAGAUACUAUGCCGACGGCAAGAAGCCUACAGAUGAAGCAAAGCCCGCAGUGCUCCCCGCCGAGCACACGCUAACCGCCCCAUCAACACCGCCGCCCCCUCCGCCUGAGGUUGCGAAAGUCGCUUCGUCGACCAUCCCUCCCGAAAAUGCCCCCUUGACACCACCUGCCCCGGGUCCAGCCGUGGUUCCUGAGACGACGACCAAGAUUCCGCCUCCGCCUCCCCCGCCCGCCCCACCAAAGAAAAAGAGCUUCUUCCGGCGACUGCGCAACUACAUCCUAACCCUCACCUUCCUGGGCGCUCUAGGUUUUGGCGGCGGUGUCUGGUACUCGCGCAUCAACGACAACUUCCAUGACUUCUUCACCGAGUAUGUACCAUAUGGCGAGCAGGCUGUGCUAUACUUGGAAGAGAUGGACUUCAAGAAGCGGUUUCCCAACGUGGCCAGCCGCAUGACCGGCAGGCGGACGGAUUCAGGCGACAAGGUCAAGAUCCCGGCUCAGAGCGGUGCCUCGUGGCGGGUCGCUGACGGCAGCGAGCCCGCUAGCCGGCAAUCGAGCGCAAUCCAAAAGGUGAACGCCGCCAAGGAGGCCCCGAAACCAAAAGCCGAGCCCGCUACCGUCGUCGAGGCGAAGGAGCAGACGGCAAACCUGCCCAAGGUACAAGCCGAGGAAACCAACCUUAGGAGCUCCCCACCUACACCCGCAUUAGCUUCCGCACCUGCACCUGUGGCUGAAAAGCCGUCUGAAACCGAGCCUUCACCCACACCCGCACCCACACCCGCACCCACACCCGCGUCCACGCCGGCCAAGACACCUUUCAAAGCACCCGAGGUUGACGAGCCUUCACGGUGGCCGCCGGCGUCGCCCAUCGACCCGCUGGCCGUGCCUGACGCUGCCGAUCCCGUCGUACAAGACCUGGUGCGCAUGCUUAACGACAUCAUCGCCGUAGUAAAUCACGACGGCGCCAACGAGAAGUAUGGAGCCACGAUCGGCAAGGCAAAGAACGAGGUCAGCAAGGUGGGCCAAAAGAUCCGCGACCUGAAGACGGCCGUGGAGCGGGAGGCUGCCGACCAGGUCAAGAAGCAGGUCGACGAGUUUGACAAGUCGGCCCACGAGCUCGUGGCGCGGCUCGAGGCGGCCAUGACGUCGCAGGAGCAGCAGUGGCGCCUCGAGUUCGAGGCCGAGAUGGAACGGCUGCGGAAGAGCUACGACAGCAAGCUCAAGCUGGUACAGGAGCGCGAGAGGCAGCUCGCCGAGGAGAAGCUCAACAACCAGCUCCUGCAGCAGGCGGUCGAGCUGCAGCGCCAGUUCGCGCGCGACAUCAAGCAGCACGUGGAGGAGGAGCGCGAGGGCAGGCUCGGCCGGCUGACGGAGCUGUCGGCGGCCGUGGCAGACCUUGAAAGGCUCACGGCGGGCUGGAACGACGUCGUCUCGGCGACGCUCCGCACGCAGCAGCUGCACGUGGCGGUCGAAGCGGUGCGCGCCAGCCUCGAAGACGCGCGGCACCCGCGGCCGUUUGUCAAGGAGCUCGCGGCCCUCAAGGAGAUUGCGGCCAACGACCCGGUCGUCGACGCCGCCAUCGCCUCGAUCCACCCUUCGGCCUACCAGCGCGGCGUCUCGACCCCGGCCGAGCUGGUCGACCGGUUCCGCCGCGUCGCAGCCGAGGUGCGCAAGGCCUCGCUGCUGCCCGACGACGCGGGCGUCGCGAGCCACGCCUCCAGCUACCUCCUCAGCAAGGUCAUGUUCAAGAAGCAAGGGCUCGCCGCGGGCGACGACGUCGAGAGCAUCCUGACCCGCACACAGACCCUGCUUGAGGAGGGCGAUCUGGACAAUGCCGCCCGCGAGAUGAACGCCCUGACGGGCUGGUCCAAGACGCUCAGCCGCGACUGGCUGGCUGAGGUGCGCAAGGUGUUGGAGGUGCGGCAGGCUUUGGAGGUAAUCCAGACGGAGGCGAGGCUACAGAGCUUGAAGCUUGACGCUUGAGUAGGGGUGCCUGGGCCGCCAGUUUUCCCUUUGUUGCUGUAUGUACAUGUGCCGGUUCUGUAGACCCUGUUUGUCUCGCUAGAGGGCGUGCGGGAUGGGUAUGCCGAAUGUAUUAAAUACUUUAGUGAAUACAUAGACGUGAUCUGGCAGAUUUGUGGUGUAUCGAUGGCUGCUUAGGUCAAACGCGACUCCGGGAGUGCUGUUGAGGUGUUCCAUAGCGCCACAUGGAGCUCAGCAAAUCUUUCAUAGCGACGGUCAACUCAAAAGGCUUCUAAACCACAGCAAGGAAU